UGGCGGACUUUGAUCCCACUCGAGUGGAUAUAUCAUUCGCAUUUUCAUCAUAAAUUCCGGUUGUGUUAGUUCUAAAAGCGGACUUGAAGUGAAGUGACUCACCACGAUGUCAGCUGUAACGAAAGGUAUUUUUAUUGUCGCUGCAAAGCGCACCCCAUUUGGCACAAUGGGGGGCAUGUUUGUAAACAAAAGUGCAACUGACUUAGGAAUCCUUGCAUCAACAGCUGCAAUCCAGGCAACAGGUCUAAAACCAGAAAAGAUUGAUAGUGUUGUAUUUGGACAUGUCAUGCCGGGAUCGUCAUCCGAUGGAGGUUUUUUGGCAAGACAUGUUUCAUUGAAAUCAGGAAUUCCAUUAGAAAAGCCGGCAUUCGCUGUUAAUAGAUUGUGUGGUUCUGGAUUCCAAGCAAUUGUUAGCGGAGCUCAGAACAUUCUAGUGGGAGAAUCGAAGAUUGUCUUAACAGGUGGGGCGGAAAAUAUGAGUCAAGCUCCUUUUAUAGUGAGAAACGUUCGUUAUGGCACUGUCUUGGGCCAGAAAUACGAAUUCGAGGACUCACUCUGGAUUGGAUUACUCGACACCUACUGCAAUUUACCCAUGGGUUUGACUGCGGAAAAACUCGGUGCUCAAUACAAAUUAAAGAGAGAGGAAGUUGAUCAAUUUGCUUUGAGUAGUCAGCAACGUUGGAAAGCUGCUAAUGACACGGGUUAUUUUAAAGAAGAAAUAACACCUGUGCAAGUAAAAAUUAAGGGAAAAGAUAAAAUUGUUAGUGUAGACGAGCAUCCACGUCCACAAUCGACAUUAGAAACACUCGGUAAAUUGAAACCAGUUUUCCAGAAAGAUGGAUUAGUCACAGCUGGUUCUGCAUCGGGUAUCUGCGACGGAGCAGGUGUUGUUAUUUUAGCUAAUGAGGAAGCUGUUAAGACAGAAGGUUUGAAACCAUUGGCACGUUUAGUGGGAUAUAGCAUUGUCGGCGUAGAACCAAGUAUUAUGGGAAUUGGUCCUGCGCCAGCAAUCAAGAACUUGCUUAAAAUGACGGGCAAGACACUUGAUGAUAUGGAACUGGUCGAGAUCAAUGAGGCAUUUGGAGCUCAGACUUUAUCGUGUGCAAAAGAACUUAAUCUGAAUCUAAAUAAAUUGAAUGUAAACGGUGGUGCUAUUGCUGUAGGACACCCAUUGGCCGCUUCUGGUAGCAGAAUCACUGCUCACUUGGUACAUGAACUUAGGAGACGAAACGCUAAAAAAUUCGGUAUCGGUUCGGCUUGCAUUGGUGGUGGCCAAGGUAUCGCUGUGAUGGUGGAAGCGCUAUAAUCAACUGAGAAAUUCAAGCUAUUUAAUUUUUUAAUAUUUUAACAUACAGCCAGAAUAACUGAAAACUGAUAAGAAUGGUAUUGUACAAUUUACUAAUGUUAAACAAAUAAUUGUUAAUCACUUUUCUUAACCCUUAAUGAAAACAGAGAAAAAAAUUUAUGAAAAAUAUUUUUGUAUACAAAAAUUUUAUAUAUAUUUUUGUACAUAUAACAAAAAAAUGUUGAAUAAAUUUAUAGUUUUAAA